UCCAACUGCAAGCAGACACUGCAUCUUGGAAGGAUCGAUCUUUCAUACAGAGCAGUCAGAGUCAUCUUCAUUCUUCACAGCACCCAUGGCUUCUUCUGAUCAUGGCCGCUGUGCCAUCUUAGCUCUUCUUCUCUCUCUGUCAAUGCUAAGCAGCCAUGUAUGUUUGGGUGGUCGCUAUCUGUUGGAAGCUGAUGAAACCACCAAGGCACCAGAGGAGGUGAACCCACAUGAUCAACACCCUUUCCCGACAAUACCAACCUUGCCCAAGCUGCCUGAAUUCCCAACUCUGCCGGAGCCUAAACUCCCGGAGAUCCCCAAGCUGCCGGAGCCGAAACUCCCCGAAAUUCCCAAGUUAACCGAAGGUCAUGAUCUGCCUGAGAUGAAGUUCCCAGAAAUCCCCAACCCAUUUGAGCAUCAUCUUCCGGAGCUGCCAAAAUUCCCAGAGAUCCCCGAGCCAUCUCUCCCUCAUGAACUUCCAGAUGUUCAUGAUCUGCCUAAGCCUACUCUCCCUGAGUUGCCUCAUGAGUUCCCAUCUUUUCCCAAGCCAACUCUACCUGAAUUUCCUUACGAGCCCACUUCACCAUGAUCACAACAGGCCGUGCUGAUCAGCUUAGUGGCCAUCUGGCCCUCACCGACAGACUUACACUCCCCGUGUGUGUUUCUUCUGCUUUACGCACGUAUGUGAGGUUGCUUACAUACAUUAACUUAUAUAUAUGUAUAUGUAGCCCUUCUUUCUUUGCUUUGUGAAGUUGGUUUGUCAUUGCAAGCAAUUUCUGUAUUCUGAUGCUUUCAUUAUGAAAUAAAGUGCGCUAAUUAAU